CUGAUUGGUUGCAAGCGAGGACGGGAGCUGUGCGCUGGAUGGCGGAGCCGCUGAUUGGCUGACUUUCGGUCGGUGCCGGAAGGGUGAGAGUGGAGUCGCAGCAACAAGAAGAUGGCGGGGAUUAAAGCUCUGGUUGGCUUAUCUUUCAGUGGUGCCAUAGGCCUGACCUUCCUCAUGUUAGGUUGUGCACUUGAACAAUAUGGUGUUUACUGGCCCCUGUUUGUGCUGAUAUUUUACUUUCUGUCACCUAUUCCGAGCUUUAUUGCACGAAGAUUGGGGGAUGACACUGAUGCAGCGAGCAGCGCCUGUCGUGAGCUUGCAUAUUUCUUCACCACAGGGAUUGUUGUUUCUGCCUUUGGGCUCCCAAUAAUUCUUGCUCGAGUUUCCGUGAUCCAGUGGGGAGCCUGUGGACUCGUGCUUGCAGGCAAUGCAGUAAUCUUCCUCACCAUUUUGGGCUUUUUCUUAGUAUUUGGUAGAGGCGAUGACUUUAGCUGGGAACAGUGGUAGUAUUGUGAUGGAACAUGGAUAUGACAACCCUUUGAUUAGCAUUGAAACUGAAUUGUAUUACUAAACUCCAAGCUUAAAGUGCAGUAUACAACACAAUAUUUUUCAAUGCUGCAUUUGCAGUUAACCCUAAACAUUAAGAACCAAGGAUCAUUUUUGUAUUUUAGUGCUUUCUUUACCUGGGUCUUUACUAAGCUGUCACAUCUCCAAAAUGGCAAUUUUAUUUGAACUGAAAAUGGGAAUAUGCAAAUAGUUGAAAGUAUAGACCAGUGAACAAAAUUACUUACAUGUAACAUGAUUCCAUCAGCUCCACAGAAUUUUAUUUUUUUGUAUGUUGUGGCAAUAAUGUUACUUUGGCAGAAGAAAAUAGUCCCAAGAGCCACUUCUAAAUCUUUACCCCACAUCAAAUCUCUUUUUAAAAUUAAAAUUUAUUUAAUGCAUUAUAUAAAUAAAAAACUUGAUGGAGUCCUGACAGGUGAUCUCUAUAGCACUCAUGCUAUUGUAACUGAUUUGUGAUUUAUAAGACUGGCCCACUCUGGAAGUACAGGAAUGUAUAACUCCUAUGAAACAGUUAUUUGUGCUGCCUCUGUUUAAGAAAAGAAACGUAUAGUGAAUGGCAUUGACAUGGUAACGCACUUUGCACAGAUACCAUUUCUAACCUUAACAUGUAUCCUGGUGCCAAAACCUUUUCAGUGCAUUUUAUGUGAACAUAUACAUCAUUUCCGAUUAAUAGAAUGUUAGUGUUCACUCCUUUGGAAACUUCAGUCUUUACUGUUAUGACAUGCUUCUGUAAAGAUUCGUAAUGCUUUAAGAACCAGAUUGUAUUCAUCUUAGAUCCCCAGAUCUUUUUCUUUAGCUGUUACACACUGGUCAAAGGGUUUGAAAUAUUAUGAAAUGGAAGCACUAUUCUUUUUACAAAAAACUUCUGGACGUUUUUGGUAUUGUAUUAAAAACAGAAUGUUCUACCUGUUCUGAAACUGACUCAUAUUUUGAAGAGGGGAUUAUUUGACCAAGUGCAGACUUUUAUCUUUGCAUCUGUGUAUUUACAUUAAGUUUUGAGAGUGGAAUUUCAGCAUGAGAAAUGUGCUGUGUUCAGCUCAUGCAGAUGUGCAUAAUUAAAGCAUCUGAAAUUUAUGUGCAGGAAUUAUGAAAAAUGGAAACAAUUCAUUUGUACUGCUUGCAAACAGUGAUAAUUUGGCAAUAAAUUAUGGGGAGUAAUUGCCCCAGCAUUUGGUUAAUGUGUCCCCUUGACAAAUGGUUUAAUUUCAGCAUUAAGCUCAGCCCAAAGAGCUACAUAUAAAUGUGACUUUGCCAUGCUUGUACUAUUGCAUGUUUGCUCAAAGCAUUGCUACCAUGCUUUGCCAUUUGAUGGAAAUGGAAUAACAUUUACUAUGCUUUUUUUCAGCUUUACCUUUUAAAAUGGAACAAAAAAAAAAUUAAAAUUAAAUCAUGUGGGCACCUCGACAAUUACUGCAUUUAUUUUCGCAAUUUCCAGAGUGACCUGGUAACUUGUAGCCAAGGCCACGUAAUGCCCUUUUUAAGAGGAAGCUUUGAUUGCACAGUUGCACAAUACAGUAUAACAUCUAAGUACAGCAUAGCAUCUAAUUAAAUUAAAGGCUAGAGUUUGGUAAAAUUAGAUGAAUGCCUAAAACUGUAUGUUUGCGUUAUAUUUCUCUUAUUUAAUGGAGGCAUUGAAUUAAUGCCACCAUUAAAAAAAAACAGAAUUGUGAUCAAAGUAUACACUUUGUUCAUGCAUUAAUAUUAUCAACAGUAAUUUCAGGCCUUGCCAUUUAAAAUACAACCAAAAUCUAAUUGGGAUAAAAUACUCUGAUGUCAGUUAUAUUUUCUAUUAUGCCUUUUACUUUGCUUAUUUAAUGUCUUAAAUCAGCCCUUUUUUCUGAGAGAGUUGAAUUAUAAGCCAAACUUUAUCAGCUAUUAAUGUCAAUUGCACAGUAACAUUUGGAAAUGAAAUGAUACAUAUCUUAAAUAAUGUCGGUCUUCAGUAAUUGCUUAUAUAAAAAGUAAAACCCAGAAUGUAAUCUCACUUAUUUUGUAUGCUGACAACAGAAUUCUACAUAGUUCCUUGCCUUCAGAUUGUUUUAACUAAAUAUUGCACUAAGUUGGAAACAAACCUGUUUAAUUGUGCAGUUGAUAUAAAUAAAGCAUUCUAGAAGGCAUAUUGAUUAUUGAUCGUGUCAAAAUUAUUUGACAAAUUAAGUUUUUUUUUAAAGUUGAAAACUAUUUUUUGGGAUGAGGAUUUUUUUUAAAUAGUGUCCCUUAGGUUGAAGUUUAUUAUAACUGUGGGAACAUUAUAACCUUCAAACAUCACAAACUACUUUUAAACUUUUGUAUGUGAACUGUUUACUGAAUGUUAUUGUCAAUAAGUUUUCAAUACUUUUUCACUGUAUACAAUGUAAAUUAACAAACUAUGUAAAACAAUGAAAUAGGUUGAUGUCUGUAGUUUAUUUCUAAAUAGUUUUGAGUUUAAACUUAAAUGUAUGUGAAUAAAAUGUAAACAUGGA